AUGAAAGGAAAACCCUCCAACCUAUCAAUCAGGUUUCGAAGUUUUAUUUCCCCAAGUAUUUCUGGGGCUCAAUCUUGUGAGUUUUCUCCCAAGAUGAGUAACCUCUACAUUCCCAAGAAAGGCCUUAAGGUCAUUCCUGUAUUUGCUAAUGGAAACUGCAUUCCUGAGGCAAUUGUUGCUAAAGCAUCGCCAGAACACCGUGUGGAGAUGGCCAGGAUUGUGAGAAGCUGGGUGGCCAAGGUCGUGGGUCACCCAAAUAUUUUCCAAACCCUGGAAGAGCACUAUGGCUUCCAUAAUGCCCAUCCAGGGUACUUCCAGCUUAACUUUAGCAGGUAA